GGCAGAUCAUCGCCUGUUGUUGCCCUCUGCUUCCUACUGUGUACAGAUGUAUGCUGAGAAAGUUGUGACAGAGGGGAAGAUGGGGAGCAGGGGGAUCUCCCUGACCUGUGUGUUGACCCCCUGCCGUGUGAUCGGAGUGUGUGUGAUGCUGAUGACCUUGGGAGCCAUUGGAGCAGCCGUCUGGGCCGUAGUUACGUAUUGCACAAUGGAGGAAGACACGGGACUGUAUGAUGUCCAGGUGAAUUCUGCUGACCAGCAUCUCAGAGUCUUCGACUCCGCCCAGAGGAGGUGGCGUCAGGUGUGUUCUUCCUCAGCCAAUGAGCUGCUAGCUAGCAUCAGCUGUGAAGAAGUGGGCUUUGUCAGUGUGGUGAAUUACUCAGUCACGUCAGUGCCAGAGGCCAGUGGAGAUGGUGGGGAGUUCUUCUGUGUCAGACAGGAAGAGCUCAGCUACGGCAAGAAAAUCAAAGACUCAUUGUUCCCAUGUGACUGUGAGAGCAGGGAGGUCCUCACGCUGUUGUGUCAAGACUGUGGCAGGCGUAGUUUUGCAGCAGACCGUAUAGUUGGUGGUGUGGAUGCCAGACAGGGCAGUUGGCCUUGGCAGGUCAGCUUGCAGUACGAUGGAGUUCAUCAAUGUGGAGGAUCUAUUAUCUCAAACCGCUGGAUUGUCUCAGCAGCUCACUGCUUUCCAGAGCGGUAUCGCUUUGUUAAUCGCUGGCGUGUGCUGCUGGGCUCCAUCUAUAAUAAACCAGUCAACGCUAACGUGGCAGAGGUGAAGACCAUCGUUUACCACAGCAGCUACCUGCCUUUUGUAGAUGCUAACAUUGAUGACAACAGCAGGGACAUCGCCGUAUUGGCCCUCACCCAGCCCCUCACUUUCAACGAAUACAUCCAGCCCAUUUGCCUGCCAGCGUACGGUCAAAGGCUGAUAGAUGGGCAGAUGGGAACAGUAACAGGCUGGGGAAAUGUAGGUUACUAUGGUCAUCUUGCAGAUGUUCUCCAGGAAGCCAACGUCCCCAUCAUCAGUGACACUGUCUGUAACGCUCCUGAUUACUAUGACAAUCAGAUCACCACCAGCAUGUUCUGUGCUGGUUAUGAGAAAGGAGGCACUGAUGCCUGCCAGGGAGACAGUGGCGGCCCUUUUGUGGCAGACGACUGCCUGUCUAAGACCAGUCGGUAUCGUCUGCUGGGGGUGGUCAGCUGGGGAACGGGCUGCGCCAUGGCCAAGAAACCUGGUGUCUACACCAGAGUGUCCCGAUUUCUGCCCUGGAUAUCUACGGCCAUGAGGAACUAUCACAACGCACCGGGGGUUCAUAAAAUGGCCCGGACAUGAGAGUCCUGCUCCCGUGUUUCUACUUUUCUACUCUCGGAUGAAAACAGACCUCGUAGAUGUCA